AUGGAGAAGCCUGCAGCACUCACACCAACCAUGUACAAGUUGACCAGUGAGGAUGGCAGUGAUCUUGGACCAAUGUGCGAGGGAUGGGUCACCAGGGUCAAUGUGCGCAACGACGAUGGCAGUACAUCUGGCUGGAAUUCUUUGCGAUACUGUUCCACCCUCAGACUUUUGAGUGAUUGA